AUGAAAGACAAUCUGAAAGAGGUAGACGGAAAAAUAGAAAGGUUUGACACUUUGAACGAAGAGGGCCAUUUCCGUUUCCCUGUUUAUCUCUUAACAGCCGAAAAUGAGCAGAAAUAUUUUGCCAUACAAUACGCCAAAGAGCCUUUGGAAACUUUGAGAGAAAUGAGGAACUCGGGACAAGCCAAAGGUGUAAAUAAACAAAAUUGUAAAGAGGAAGUAGAAAGACUUUACAAUACACUGCUUGGAAUAUUAGACGACCCACCAAACCAGGAUUUUAAAGAAAUGUGCGUACUCGUACCUAUAGCAAAAAGUUCGAAAAGUUUACAAAACGGAGGAUUAACUAGAUGUAUCAUGGAUAUAAUGCAACCAUGCGAUACUCAGAAUGAUAGUGGUGCUAGUACGUCAGAGAACAGUUCAGAAAUGGCACACACUGCAAAUGAGAGUCAACAAAAUGACCAGGUACAACAGAUAAUGAAUUAAUGAUUCCUGCAGAGAAUCUUGAUCAUUCUGAAAUUAACAGCUCUAAAUCUAGCCUGCGAAAAGUCUAUACAGAAAUUCAGUCUAUACUGAUACGAAACGACUUUCUGUAUAUAGAUUGUUUGCAGGCUAAAUCCGAUUUCAAAAUUGCCGGUUGAAAUCGCAUUUUUCGACGAUUUAAUUAUAUCUAUUAAUAUAAUCGCAUUUUUCGAAGCUAUUUGUCUGCGUAUUGAAGUUAUUGAAAAUAUUUUCAUUUCGGAUUCAAAUUUAAGAAUCUUUCAAAUAUUUGAAGAACUUGGUGAAAAACUGUUAUUUCGACCGGCAAAUUUUUAAUCGCAUUAUCGUGUUUGACCAUUUUUGUUUGCAAUAAUGACAGAUGUAUCAUUAUAUACACAGGUUGAUGGUGUUCCAAGCCAUACACAAAGUGGACAAUCUGCAUAUGAUGCACAAGAACAAAACGAAGAGCGAAGGACUUUUUCCAAAGAUAGCAUACGACAAACUAGUAUUAUCACGACAGAGGUCGGCUUGGAUGACAUUUCCCCUAGUUCAUCUCUAUCGUAUUCUAGUGCAUUCGAUUCAGUUUCACCCCACCGUUCAUUUAGCGCCGCCCCUGGAAAAAUUGAGUGAAAGUGAUCUAUACCAAUCUCGUACCCAGAGUAUGCCCGUUCGCAGGUUAGGUGCUGGGCAUGACCAGCACCUAACCUGCGAACGGGCAUACUCUGGGUACGAGAUUGGAUCUAUACAGACUACAAGAAAUGUCUCAUACAUAAUAAACGCCCCCUUUUCAUAGGACCGUUUAUUUGAACGCUUAUUUGAUUAAACAACCUGAAUAGUGUUGAAUUUUACCUGAAUAGUGUUGAAGCGUAUUAAAGUGCAAUAUUGAGUGCAAGAGCCAUGAAAGUUGAAGAAUUUUGACUUUUUUCACUCUACUUGAAGUGUUGUAAGAGACCGCUGAAAAGUGUUCUUCACUUGUUUGAUAAGAAACGUUAAACUGCCGUAUGUCUCCAAUAAACGCCUCACGGUUUUAUUAGAUUACCUGUUGGAUCAUUUUUACUCAGGGCCGCCCAGAGGUUGGCGGGGGCCCGGGGCAAAUUUUUUUUAGGGGCCCCUAUCUAAAACAAUUUUCCCGGAAAAACUUUUUUCCGGAUAACAACCCCCCGCCGUCGCCAAAAAAAUUUCGGUCAGUGUACCAUUUUAGGGGUAAAAAAUUUUUUCCGGAGUACAAAAUUUUGCCGGACGAUUACGUUGCAAAUGCUUUCGAGGGACUUUAUCUCAUUUUUUUAUGCCAAAAUUAGCCCAGGAAAACAGCCCAACUGAGCCCAAGAAAACAGAUAUCUUGUCCUUUGCGCGGAAAUAUUUAACACGCAAAAAAGGCUGGGGCCCUACAAAAAUUUUGAGAGCAAUCUACACGAGAUAAAUAGUGGGUACGAAGACCUUCGUCUACAGUUCGAUGAAUACAAGAAAAUAACCGAAGUGUUAAUUCAGAGGGACAGGUUUCAACAUUCGACAACAUUUGAAUAUUCAAAUGUGAUCGAUAAAGUUAAUCCAAGCGAAACUAAACGGUACCAAGACGAAGUAAGCCGGCUCAAAAAGGACCUUUCUAGUGAGAGGGAGAAAUGCAAGCGCUUGGAAGCUGAUCUGUGUAUUCUAAUCAAAGGAAGAUCUUGUGAAGUUAAUGAAUUGAACGAUAUUAUUGCCUCUCUUGAAUUUAAACUGAAAGCCACUGAGGCGACUAAUUCUCCUUGA